UUAUUAAGCAUCUGGCAACGUUGGUACUGUUUUGCAUCACUGUCAACAACCCUAUCGCAAAGAAAUUGUAAACGAAAAAGAAUUUGCUUAUUUUCUAAAAGUUAUCUGCGAAUAAAAUGAGCAGUUCAGUAGAAUUAAGCUCCUACCGCGAUCAGCACUUUAAGGGUUCGCGCUCAGAGCAAGAAAGAUCUCUACGCGACUCCUGUACACUCUAUGUGGGCAAUUUAUCCUUUUACACCACUGAGGAGCAAAUACACGAAUUAUUCGGACGCUGCGGCGAUGUUCGCAUAAUUAUAAUGGGCUUAGAUAAAUAUAAAAAGACGCCAUGUGGCUUCUGCUUUGUGGAGUACUAUACACGCGACGAGGCUGAAGCCGCCAUGAGAUUUGUAAAUGGCACACGACUAGACGAUAGACUGAUACGUGUGGAUUGGGAUGCAGGCUUUAUUGAGGGGCGCCAGUAUGGACGCGGUAAAACUGGCGGCCAGGUGCGCGAUGAAUAUCGCACAGACUAUGAUGCCGGUCGAGGUGGUUAUGGCAAGUUGCUAUCGCAAAAGAUUGCACCUAAUACCGAUAACCGUUAGGAGAUAAUUAAAACUAAGUCCA